UCGUUUCCACCACCACCAGUCGCAGCCACAACCGCAACGCACGCCGGCGGCGGCAGACGAAACCCACACGAGGAGGAGGAGGAGGAGGUAGCGUUCUUUGUCGGAAGCCCAUGGCCGCGGCGAGGUACGACGCGGAGAAGGGAGGGCGGAAGUGGGAGGGGGAGCGGGAGGUGGAGGUGCCGGCGGUGGCGGUGGCGCAGUACCCGCAGCGGGAGGGGGAGAGGGAGUGGGUGCCGUGGGUGGUGCCGACCGUCGUCGUCGCCAACAUCGUCGUCUUCGCCGUCGCGAUGUACGUCAACAACUGCCCCUCCCACGCCUCCUCGCCGCGGGGCGGCCGCCGCGGCGGCGCGUGCGUCGCCGGGUUCCUCCGCCGCUUCUCCUUCCAGCCGCUCUCCGAGAAUCCACUCCUCGGUCCCUCCUCCGCAACAUUGCAGAAGCUGGGAGCACUUGUGUGGGACAAGGUUGUUCAUCAGCAUCAGGGAUGGAGGCUAGUGACCUGCAUCUGGCUGCACGCCGGCGUCGUCCACCUGCUAGCCAACAUGCUAAGCCUCGUGCUCAUCGGCCUCAGACUUGAGCAGCAGUUUGGAUACAUGAGAAUUGGCGUCAUCUACCUUGUCUCUGGCGUUGGAGGAAGCAUUCUUUCAUCGCUGUUCAUCAGAAACAACAUCUCUGUCGGUGCUUCUGGCGCUCUGUUUGGGCUCCUUGGAGCAAUGCUGUCGGAGCUUUUCACCAACUGGACCAUAUACACGAACAAGGCUGCAGCUCUAGUGACUCUCCUGAUCGUCAUCGCGAUCAACCUCGCCAUCGGCAUCCUCCCCCACGUCGACAAUUUCGCCCACAUUGGAGGGUUCUUGACUGGUUUUCUCCUCGGAUUCAUCUUCCUGAUGCGCCCACACUACGGCUGGAUGCAGCGAUAUGUGCUGCCUUCCUCCGUCAAGUACGCCUCCAAGAAGUACCUGGCUUAUCAAUGGAUUCUGCUGGCCGUGGCCUCGAUCCUCGCUGUCAUCGGAUUCGCCGUUGGGCUGUCGAUGCUCUUCAGAGGAGUGAAUGCUAAUGAACGCUGCCAGUGGUGCCACUACCUGAGCUGCAUUCCUACAUCAAGAUGGAGCUGCGGGAACUGAAGAUUGGUAGCAACACAAGAACUGAAGAAAUUUGAGAGAUAAUCUCCACAAGAUCGAUAUUUGCUCGCGAAGUGUUUGAUGCACAGAUAUACUGCAAUUUACUGUAUAUAAUAUAUACAGACAUGACUUCCCAGUGGUUUGGUCAGAAGUUCACUUGAUUGAUUCAUUAUGUUUGUUCGUCUGAAUCAUUUGGAAUAGAAACAUUUUGACAUCUUGAAUCUUCCGCUGGCCUGUGUACGAGUGACUAGCGAUCUUGGGAUUCGAUGCAGAACCGAUUUGCCGUUACCAUUCUGGCAUAGUUCAUGUGCAGGAUUCGAUUAGCCCAAGGAGCCAAGUGUGUGUUGCCGACCAAAUGGCAGUCUCGUGUAGAUUAUAUAUAUAUAUAUAUAUAUUUUUUUUUUGUUU